UGGUCUGUGCGGCACGUGUUUUGCUUCUCCCUUCUCCUGUCCGCAGCACGUUCGCCAUUGUUGCUCCUCUCUUUUCUCGAUCUGUUCGCGAAACUUGCUCUCAAGCAAAACUCAUUUCCAGAUUCUCUUUUUCUAUAAUCUCUUUGAUUUCAUCUUCCCUUUUUUUGAUCCUGCUUCACUCUUCUCAACAAUGAGUACGGGAGAACUCCUCAGCAUCGAACCUCUCGAGCUCAAGUUUCCCUUCGAAUUGAAGAAGCAGAUCUCUUGUUCCCUUCAAUUGUCUAACAAGACCGAGAGCUGCGUUGCAUUUAAGGUGAAAACUACGAACCCUAAAAAGUACUGUGUUCGCCCAAACACUGGAAUUGUCUCGCCACGGUCAACAUGCGACGUUAUAGUCACCAUGCAAGCCCAGAAAGAGGCUCCUGCUGAUAUGCAAUGCAAAGACAAAUUCCUCCUUCAGAGUGUCAAAACAUUUGAUGGCGCAACUGCAAAGGAUAUUACCGCAGAAAUGUUUAAUAAAGAGGCUGGGCAUGUGGUUGAGGAAUUCAAAUUGAAAGUUGUUUAUGUUUCUCCACCUCAACCACCUUCUCCAGUACCAGAAGGUUCUGAAGAAGGGUCCUCCCCAAGAGGUUCCGUUUCAGAGAAUGGAAACUUCAAUGAUGCUGACUUGAAUACUGCUACAAGGGGAUAUGUUGAACGGUCGGAGCCCCUGGAUAAAUCUGCAGAGGCUAGAGCCCUCAUAGCAAAACUCACAGAGGAAAAGAAUAAUGCCUUGCAACAGAAUAACAAACUUCGUCAGGAAUUGGAACUUUUGAAGCAUGAUAGCAGGAAAAAUGCUGGUGGCGUCUCCUUCUUGUUCGUCAUAUUAGUCGGAUUGAUCGGAAUCUUCUUUGGCUAUAUUAUUAAGAAGACUUGAGAAUCUCUUUGCAGCAAACUGGAUUUAUAUCAUUAUAAUUUCUAAGGAAAGGGAACUACUAAUGUUCAGUGGGUGGAUCUGUAGCAAGUUUUAAUUUGUUGAAGUAGCAAAUUGUUAGGUGGUGUUCAAGAAUUUGUAGUUGCUGAAUUUGCAAGGUAGCACACUCUUUCUGUAACUUAAAAGAGUUUUUCUUUUUUUUUUUUUUUUCCUUUCCUUUUUUUUUUUUCCUUUUCUAUUUUUUCUCCCUCCGCCUCUCCUGCCAUCCAACUUGUUAUAUUUUGUGAAACCGUUGAUUUAAUAAUUUUACAUCCCCAAUUGUCCAGCAUUUCUUUCACAAA